ACACUGUGCAUAUGCAGCAAAACGCGCGCGUAGCCGGCAAUUGGUAAAUAUUGCAAUAAAUCGCGAAACUUAAAAGAAAAUACGCUUAAGACCCGUGGAAGAGCAGCCCAACGAUGUCCGCCAGCUCCUCCAGCAACGCCUGCAAGCUGCUAUUGCUUGGCCGCUGCUUGCGCGCCAUACUCCUAAGCGUGGGCAUCCAGUUCCUCCUGCUGACUGUCUUCCUGCUGUCGGUAAACUUCCAGCUACUGCAUCCGCUCGCCUGGGUGACAGGAACGCUAGGUCUGGUGGCCAGCUGGUACACGUGGUUUGCCAGCAUCCCGCUGUUGGGCGCCGUCGUUCUCUACGGUGUCUCACUUUGUCAGCAGCACCUCUCAGAGCGUCCGUACUGCCCCACACGCUACCGCUGGCUCCUGCACUAUGGACCGCGCAAGCUGCUUUUUUUGAGCGCUCAUAUCUUGGUUGGAUUCCUUACCGCAUGGCUUUACACGGGAUAUCUGCACACGGACUAUCAGCACCUUCGAUACAAAUGCUACGGCCAAGACUGUGUGAGCGCCUACCAUGUGUAUCUGCUGGGCAUGGGCAUAACCGCCGGAAGCUACUACUUCGCCUCCGUCCACAUGCGCCAGGAGGUCUCCAUUGAGUUCCCCAUUGUCGAACAGUCUCGCGGCGAGAGGCUACGUGAACUCCUAUACGCCAGCCUAGCUAGAUCCCUGUUAAGAUCGCUGCUGCCCGCAAUUAGCUAUACCAUAGUAUUUUGGCUAAUCGGACCCCUGGUGUGCCGCAAACUGAGCCACUUCCUCUCUGUGGACCUGGACGAGCGACUGGAUGGUUUCUUCGGUGUGGCCACCAAUGUCCGUCUGCUCUUCUAUGGCUGGCUGCUAACUGCCCAAAUUCUGAGCAAUAUGCACCUCAUGCGUUCUUUCUAUGGCAUGCUGCUGUCGGAGGACAUUCCCCUGGUAGUGGCCAAACAGCGAGCGGCCUUCGUCCAAGAACAAGAGGUUACCGUAGUGGCGGGACUUGGCGUUUUCAACGUUUACGUAGUACAAUGCCUAGCCGCUCACUACUUGUACAAGUUGGCCUUGCGCAAGGAUUCCACACAGCGCACCGAAAUAUUCCAGCUCACGGAGCCGGGCAACCGGCCGGCAAACUGGCGUGCACUCUGCGACCAGUGCCUAAGCAUCCUGGGCAGCUUCACCGAAGAACUAACAGAGUCUUUGCAGAAGAUCAGUGUGCUUAAGGGCGCCCAAAGCCUGCCUGUACCACCCAAAACCAUCGAGUCCACUAAUGCCAGCUUGAUGGCCGAGAAGUUGCUCCUGCGGCAGUACAAUCAGAUGCAUGGCAUCCGACCAAUUGUGUUGCCCACACAGGAAACUGGAGUCGAGCGGCCGGCCGAUGGUAUUCGCCAUGUGCCCAACUGGUGUGAGCGCGUAUCCACUCAGAUAGAGGGAGUGUUUCAGCGACUGUUGAAGCGAGUGCCAGGCAUCGUAUACUUCUUUAAUGAGCAGGAGGGAGCCAAAGCAGCCUACCUGCUAACCAAUUCGCUGCCUGUAGUUUAUAUAUCGCAGGCUUUGGCACAGGUUUGCGUGGCCUCACUCAAGGAGGAUCGAUAUGGAGUGGUCCAGAACGACCUAGCGGCCAUCAUCAAGGCAUUGAACAAGCUUCAAGGCGAGCUGCAGAAGUUGGGCAGUGUGAUAGGAAGCCUGCGGGCACCCAGCACCACAUUUAACGUCCUUCAUUGCGCUGUGCGCCGUAGCUUGUACAAUAUUUGCAACUCUUUCGGCGACUACCUGGGGGAUCUGCUGCCGCCCGGCGAAGAGGUGAAUCAGCUACAGGAUCUGAUCUACCAGGAGUAGAUCCACCAAUUCCCCUUUCAUCACACACACUCAUUUUGUAACAUGUUUUGCAUCUCUUCUUUAGUUGUUGUCUUCGGUAACAAUAAAAAUUUAUAAAUACAACUACAAA